AUGACAACUCAGUACAAGGAGGAGAUUUGCGAUAGAUCCGAGUGCAAAAGUAAAUCUCCAACUUUGCUCUCCUCUUACUGCAUCGACAGUAUUCUGGGCAGAAGGAGCCCAUGUAAAAUUAGAUGUAUUGGAGCUCAAGCGUUGCCGCUUCUCACAGCCAGGAAUGAACCGAACCCAGCCAGUGAAGGAUCACCCAAGGAAAACGUGUCUUUUGACUCUGAGCUCCAUCUCCCCCCGAAAUUCCGAAGACUGUACGGGCUGGGAGGUAAAAUCUUUGACGCUCGGGGAUUUAACGAGAUUGCUAACGAGAAAUUGGAGAGAGACAGAUCCUCCGAACCGUUCCGAAACACCGAUCUGAAAAUCAGCCAGGCCCCGCAAGUCAGCAUCAGCCGCAGUAAAUCCUACAAAGAAAACUUCAGCCUGGGCAAAACGCAAGGGGACAGCACGCAGAGCCUGGUCCCUGCUCCAGAACUCAGCUCGCUGGAACCCGCUGACAAGUCGUUCGAAGGAGAUGCGAAAGAGGACGCGGUUGAAGACGACUUGAGCCCCAAACUUGUGGAGGAGGCUCAAACAGACGUGGAUGUGAAGGAUGGGGAGGACAGUCUGUGUCUAUCAGCCGGUAGUGACUCUGAAGAAGGUAUGUUAAAAAGGAAACAGCGGCGAUAUCGGACUACAUUCACCAGCUACCAACUUGAAGAACUAGAGAGAGCUUUUCAGAAAACACACUACCCUGACGUCUUCACCAGGGAAGAGCUGGCGAUGCGGCUAGAUUUAACAGAAGCACGCGUGCAAGUUUGGUUUCAGAACCGCAGAGCUAAGUGGCGAAAGCGAGAGAAAGCCGGAGCUCAGAGCCACCCAGGGGGUCUGCCCUUCGCCAGCCCGUUGGGAGCGGGACAUCCGCUGGGGCCUUACCUGGACAGCAGUCCCUUCGGACACCACCCGAGCCUGGAGUCAGCCUGGUCAGCUGCCGCCGCAGCAGCAGCCGCCGCAGCCGCAGCCUUCCCGGGGCUUCCACCUCCACCAGGCACCGCUGCUUUGCCCCCCAGCGGGGCCCCGUUAGGCCUCGGCACCUUCCUGGGAGCAGCCAUGUUCAGACAUCCUUUCAUCACCCCGCACUUCGGCAGGCUCUUCUCGACAGUAGCUCCGCUGACAGGCGCCUCUGGGCCUGCCCUGCUGAGACAGUCGGCCCCGGGGGUAGAAGGGGGAGUGCAGGCCGGCGCCCUCUCAGACCCCGCGGUAGCAGCAGCAGACAGACGAGCGUCCAGUAUCGCAGCACUCAGACUCAAAGCCAAGGAACAUGCAGCCCAACUCACACAACUCAACAUCCUUCCCGCACCCUCCACUGGCAAGGAAGUGUGCUGA